UGGGAUUGUAAUUGAGGCUCGGUUACUAGGUGUAACGGGGGGAGAGAGAGAGAAAAAAAGGGUGGGAUUGACGUUUUGUUGGAGUCAAUGUGAAGGUGCUGAUGGUGUCAGGCAAGAACGAGGAUAAUGAACCACACAACAUGGCUGAACAUGGAUCAGAAUUAGGGUAUAAAUUGGGACAAGCCUGGGAGUGUGAUUUGGUGUUACGGUCUCCAUCAAAGAGCAAAUCAGUACCAAUCCGGGUGGUACAGAGACAGUGAAAAGCUGGAUGGAAAAGCUUUUGUUUGAACAUGGCAAAUCCUUUAAGAAGUGAAGUAAUAAAACUGUAUAAAAAUUUGCUGUACCUUGGCAAAGAAUAUCCAAAAGGAGAAGACUACUUCAGAGAUCGUCUUAAGGCAGCUUUCAUUAAAAAUAAAGACAUUACAGAUCCUGAACAAAUCAAGGCAUUAAUAGCUCGAGGAGAGUUUGUGAUAAAGGAACUGGAGGCACUGUAUUAUCUUAGGAAAUACAGAGCUAUGAAACAGCGUUAUUAUGAGAAGAAUGAAUGACCUUAUGAUGGGGGCAACUUUAACACCUCAAUUUGAAGACAUGCAGAAUGUAUCACUUUACAAGUAUGGCUCUGGGAUUUGGCCAAAUCCUCCACAUCUAGAUGCAUGUCUUAAAAUGCUGUUUAAAUUGGUUAAUUAAGAAUGGAACUUUUAAGAAGCCAUUGCUAGGGAGUGUUCCAACAAUAUCUCUGUAAUACAAGUACUAAUGCUGGUCAGUAUUCAUUCAAUCAGAUCUUGCUAUAAUAGCAUAAUCAGCAUGGAACUUGCUCAAUCACUGCAACUAGUGGAUAUGCCAGUCAAAAUCCCAAACAGAUUUAAGAAUGUUGGCCUUUGAUCAAGAUUAUUGCUGCCCAAUUGUGCCAUGAUCGUACUAAAAUGAGAUCCAUACUUUUGGGGUAAACCAGUUUUAAAGUGUGCCUUUCAAUUAAUAAACAGUUACAAUGCAAAUGCUGAAAACCAUGCAACAGUUGCAGUUUUAGGCAACUGUAAUGUGUUGUAAAGUGAUAAUAAUAAAACACUGGUGCAAAGAAGUUUGCAGACAAUA